AUGACCGACUGGGAGACGGCCCCCGCCGUCACCGAGACCCCCGACAUCAAACUCUUCGGCAAAUGGAGCACCGACGACGUGCAGAUCAACGACAUCUCCCUCCAGGAUUACAUCGCCGUAAAGGAAAAAUACGCCAAGUACCUGCCCCACAGCGCCGGGCGUUACGCGGCCAAGCGUUUUCGUAAAGCCCAAUGCCCCAUCGUCGAGCGCCUCACCAAUUCCAUGAUGAUGCACGGCCGGAACAAUGGCAAGAAAUUAAUGACCGUGCGCAUCGUUAAGCACGCCUUCGAGAUCAUCCAUCUGCUCACCGGGGAGAACCCCCUUCAAGUCCUGGUUAAUGCCAUCAUUAACUCCGGACCCCGCGAGGACUCGACCCGCAUCGGUCGCGCCGGUACCGUCCGUAGACAGGCCGUGGAUGUGUCCCCCCUGCGCCGCGUCAACCAGGCCAUCUGGCUGCUGUGUACCGGAGCUCGCGAAGCCGCUUUCCGUAACAUCAAAACCAUCGCCGAGUGUUUGGCCGACGAACUCAUCAACGCCGCCAAGGGUCGGUCCUGGACCUCCAGCCGGUGGUCUCUGUACCGAGCGGUGGUCUUGACGGUGGCCUUAAUGGUGGGAGGGGGCUUGGUGCUUUGCGGAGUCUUCCUCUUCUUCCUCCAGCCCCUGGCGUGCGUUUUCCGCCUGACAACAGGCCAGGCUCUGCCCUCCCUGCCUAGCCCCACCCCCUGA